AGGGGGCGCUGGUGGCCGCGCCGAGCCCGGGCGAGGAGUGCGGCGACGCCCGGCCGCUCAGCGAGUGCUUCCUGGCGGUCAAGUUCGCCAUGGCGGAGGGCAUCAGGACGCUGCCGGACGCGUUUCCGGGCCUUCGGCCGGGUGCCACGUUCAGGCAGGUGCAGGAGAGCCUCCACCUGGCGGGGCGCCACGCGUGCCAGGUCCCCUGCCCCCUCCCGGACGUGAGGAAGAGCUUGGGCCAGAUGAGCGGUGACGGAGGAGCAGAGAGCGGCACAGAUACAAGCUUGAGGAUUUGCGUGGGUCGGAGCCGGGCCCCCUUCGCGGUGCGCGGAGCGCGCCAGGGGCGGCGCCCGAGGCGCCGCCCGCCGCUGUGGGGAGGGGGGGCCCAGCGCCGACCCAAGGGACCCGCGCGGACCUCCGCAGGGCUGUGCCCGUUCCUGCGGCCCCCUCCGCUGAGGCGAUGAGCUCAUGAGGUACCUCAGCGGCGAGUGGGACGGUAUGGUCAAGGCCAGCGAGGCCGAGGCGGGUGCCUCGCUGGAGGGCACUGGCGCCAGCGCCGCGGCGGCCGCCGAAGAGGCACCCUGGGGGUCCGCCGAGGCGGCCCCUGUGGCAACCGCCGAGGCGGCCCCCGCGGCGGCCGCCGAGGUGGACGCCUCGCUGGAGGGCGCCAGCGAUGCCGCGGCAGCCGCCGAGGCGGCCCCCGUGGUGGCCGCCGAGGUGGGCGCCUCGUUGGAG